AUGACUUCUUCCAAAGACUGUGAGAACGAAUGUGAUGAAGAUAACAUCUAUUGUACACAAGAUGUAGAUGAGGUUGACAAUGAAAUCUUUGAAGAAAUAAAAACACAAUUCGGUCAAUAUGAUAAGGAGGCUUUCAUUCUUAACAUAGUGGGGAAAUAUUGUGAAGAACCCGAACAACUAAAUGAUAUAAGACAAAGUUUGUAUGACUAUGCGAAAUCCAAAAUAGAAGAUUUCCCUCAAGGUUUUCUAACAGAAAGGCGCCAACGAGGCACCGGAAAAUCAGUGACCGAAAAAUACGCAAGUGAUGUAUACUAUAUAUUUGCUUUUGUGGAGGGCAUUGUGUCGACCUCUGAGUUCCAGAGGGAAGUCAUCAGCAAGCACAAAUUGAAACACGCUAUGUCACAAGACUUGUCGCAGAGUAUUGUUGGUAACACAAACGAAGAAAGUAUGGAUACAUAUAGUCUACCCCUACAUAUCAUGGAAGACCUUAUGCGCAAAGAACUCCUCCCUAUCAGGGAAUCUCUAACAGAACUGAAAGCGACCUUUGCUUGUGAACUACGGUCAAAAACUAACGACAUUCGUCAAUUACGUGCAGAAAACAAUCGUCUACAAACAGAAAUUUCAACUUGUGCGGAAGAAAAAAACAGACUGGCAGAUAGUACAGCACAACUAAAAUCCGAAAUCAAAUUCCUACGGCAAAGGCUAAAGUCCUGCGAGGACGCCAAUGAAUCCAACGAAGAAAUAUUGAGGGAAUUAAGGAAAAUCCAAAGGGGUCAUCAGAAUACAAAGGGAUCUCCCAAAAUGCAUUCUGCUGAUAAACAAACUCAAAUUGUGCAGCAACAAAAGACUACACGACACAGUGAAAAUGAGAACACUAACAGCACGAAAAGCGAUGGGGAAGUGACGCGGAUUCACAAACAAACUGAUGAAAGAAUAUUAAUGGAUCGAGGUGUUCUAACUACUUUUCCGGAAGUAAAUGCCUCUACGUCACGUGACAGAAAAGAAUCAGAGAAAGUAGAAAACCAGAAAGAAAACUUCAAUAUGACAAAAACCUACGCAAAUGCUCUAGCAUCUUUGGAGGGGAAUAGUGAUAACCUUGCUGGAACCACAACAUCUUUUACAAGCUAUACGUUUGUUAGAAACAAGCGCCGAACCAAACGCAUUGUUUUAGCAAACAUUAAGGCAAGGGACACAACAUACGAGGACGUCAAGGCAGACAUUGAAGAAUGGUGCGAAAAUAAAGAUGUCAACGUAUCGAGCAUAUUUCUCCUCGCUCAUCAUUCAGCAAGAAGGUUCCCUACAUUUGUAAUUCGUGCAAACAUCGCUGAAGAUGACUACGAGAAAACCCAAGAUCCAGAUUUCUGGCCAGAUACCAUCUCUGACAGGGAUUGGAUUAUCCGGAAUGACAGAAACACUAAACCGGACCGCUCAGAAAAACUGUAA